CCAUUCAUUGCCAUGUAGUAAUCAUCCCUGGAACUGUCAAGUUAGUGUCAUUUUUCCUGUCUAGGGGCUGAUGGUUCGCUGUUCGUUUGGUUAGGUUUUGAGCCACCAAUUUUCACAUUUAACAUAAUUUUCUGAAAAAGCGACGGAAGUCUUAAUUAGUCACCGUGAAAAUGAUGAGAAGAAUUGGUGGAGUAAUCCUCCGGGUUGCGUGCAAAAAGGGCAACAAAAACUAUUCAGCCCUCAGCCGGGCGUACAGCUACCAAAGUGAAAUUUCCUUGAAGUCAUUAUAUCCGAAUAGCAAAUUGAGUAUCUACACUCCUCCACCGCCGGAGCAAUCUCCUGGAAAAUUCAAUGGCUACAUUCCGAUUAAGGAGCUGCAGAUAACAUACUCGGCCAGCAGUGGACCUGGAGGACAACACGUGAACCGUGUUAAUACUAAAGUUCAUGUUCAAUUCAAAGUGGAGUCUGCUAGUUGGUUGCCGGAGAAGACGAGGCAGAAGCUACUGCAAGAGCACCGAAACAAAAUCAAUAAAGAUGGUUGCUUCAUCAUAAAAAGCGACCUCACCAGAUCGCAACAAAUGAAUCUUGCUGAUGCCUUAAAUAAACUUCGAAAUCUGAUCUGGGAACUCGAACGUGAACCAGCCAAACCUACAGAGGAGACGUUAGAAAAACUAAGAAGAAGGCAUGAAAGGGCAGCUAAAGAACGCCUUAUAUUGAAAAGGAAUCGAUCAGAUGUAAAAGCAAACCGCCAAUCCCCAACUGUAGAUUCUUUUUAAGUAAUGUAAAUAUUAUGUAAAUUUGUUAUGCUAGAAAUAGAAAAUCUUGCAGGUAAAUUA